AUGUCGAACAAUGGAAUAUUUGGUUACCGCGAGGGUAUUGCCGUUGCCCAGAUUGUUGCGUUCUCACCGCCACUAUUAUGUGCUGUAUAUUUCAAGAUACAGCAUCAGAUUGGGUGGUUCUGCAUCGGUGUAUUCACUCUUCUCAGAUUGAUUAGUGCAGCUUGCAAGCUAGCCCUCAUAGACCAUGACUCUCAUGGGCUUUGGGCAGCAAUCUUUGUUUGCGAGUCACUUGGUAUGAUCCUUAUCAUAUUUCUCCUUUUGGAGAUGCUCGAAAGAAUUUGUGGUGAAAAAAUAUUCUGGAUCCCAUCCAUUAUCACCUGGAUCGAUAUCGCAAUAUCAAUCGUCGGGUGGGUUGCCGUGAUGCAUGUCGAGCAUCCCUUAGCACCUACACCAUAUAGCCAAGCGAGCAUGACUUUAUUGGCGGUGAUUUAUCUCUAUAUGGUUGGUGUGUUUGUCUUCUCCUGGCGCCGACGAGGAGAGUACUUGACAGAAGAGCUAUGGGUACUGAAAGGUGUAGGAAUCUGUGUUCCUUUGCUCGCAAUUCGUUUGGCAUAUUCUUUGAUUUUUAUCAUUACGAGCAAUAUGGAUUUCAAAGCUAUCAAGGGAAACCCAACUGCCUAUUUGAUUUGA